GCACCACAUCAGAUGGCAGUGUAAUUAGCUAUUGAAUUGCCCAGCAUACACAGUGAUAUGUUACCUGGGACUAGACCAAUUGAUUCCAAUUCUUUCUACUACAUGGUCACAGCAUGAAGUGUGUUAGACAAUGUUUCCGAGGACAGUGUUUUUCAUUUCCUACUCUGUUUUAGAUAGAAAUGAUAAAACACUGAGAUAAGGGACCAGAUUUCCGGACUGACACUUGUUCAGAGUAAUACAACUGUGUUGGUGUCUUAAAGUGACUUAUUAUAAAUUAGUGAGGAAGUUAGCAUGAAAACCUAGUCCAUGAUGUGCAGCUUUCUGUAAAGAGGGGCAUGUAUUCUGGACAACCAGGGUACAAUGGGGUAGACCCCUACUCCAUCAAUCGGGGGAUGUACCAAAAUAAUAUAGCCUGGAACCCCAUGGGAUACUAUACCUAUGCCAAUAAAGACAAGCCAAAGGGUCCAGGAGGGAUGGGAAUGCCCCAAGGAAUGCCCGGACCUGCUGGAAUAUCACAGCCUAUGCAGGACCCCAUUGGGGCCUUACAGAACCUCACAGUCCAGGGCAUUGGCCCAGUGGGGCAGCAGGGGAUGAUGAAUCAGCAACAACAAGCACAUCUUCAGCAGCAACGGUUGCUUAUGCAACAGCAACAACAGCAAAGACACAUGCAGAUGCAACAACAACGUCCCCCACUGGAGAGACAGGAUGCAUUCCUAGUGACGUCUGCUCAGCAUGUCCAGUCAAUGGCACAGCCACUUCCUGCCAAUUCACAGGUAGGCAUGUCUUAUCAACAAACAAUGACAGGUGGCAAUAUGCAACAAGCUGGGCUGCAACAGGGAAUACAAGGAGGAAUACAGCAACCUGGAAUGCAGCAAACAGGCAUGCAACAACCAGGGAUGCCAAUGAGUUCCAUGGGAAUGCAGCAUGGCAUACAGCAACAAAGACCCCAGACUUCAGGCAUUGGGGGAAUCAGUCAAGCCUCACAGUUACCAUUUGGACAACAGAUGCAACCUGGACCCAACAUGACUUCGCAACAGGCAGUCCCCUCCCCGAAGCCCCCCUCCAUCAGCAGCAUGAUGAUGUCUCCUUCCCCUCAAGGAAUGGUCAACAAUCCCCGAGUCCCCUCCCCCAGGGUCCUCAACACACCAGGUGCUCCGAAUUCUCCUAGCCCCAACACUCCACGAUCACAUGAAGAACAAGCCUACCUAGAAAAACUGAAACAGUUACAGAAGUACAUUGAACCACUGAAAAGAAUGAUCAACCGCUUGACUACUGGCAAAGAUGAAGAGAGUAAGAAAGAUAUCAGCAAGAUGGAGAAUCUCUUAAAGAUUUUAACAGACCCUACCAGGAGGUUACCCAUGACAACUUUACUGAAGUGUGAGCAAGUGUUAGACAGCCUGGAAAUGUCAAAGCCGCCUAGUGGUGCUGGAUCUGUUCCCUCCACCACUCCUACAAUCACCACCACCCCAAUGCAUAUGUGUCAGCCACUGCUGGAUGCUGUGGCAACCAAUAUGAAGUCCCCAAUGUUUAACCAUGCUUUACAGCAGACAUUCGGCCCAGCCAUGACAGCUCUCUUUGGAGCACCAAUAAGAGCCCCGAGUCCACCACCAAAGAAGAGGAAGAGGGAGGCAGAGGAAGACGAGGAGAUUCCUCACAUCCUUCAGGGAGAGAUCGCUCGUCUAGGUGGACGAUUCCGAGUCAAUCUCGAUUCAACUCAGCACUCAGAUUCCAAAGACAUCCAUCUUGUUUGUAAAAUAGAUGACAAAAAUCUGCCCUGUGUUCCUCCAAUUUCUGUAAAAGUUCCUGAGCUCUACCCCAGUGUCAGUCCUCAAUGUGAUACAAAGGCACAAGACUAUGAGUCGAGUCCAUUCCUGUCUUCCAUACAAGAAUCCCUUUCCCGCUUACUUCUACAGAUGCCCAGUAAAUAUACAUUCACAGAGCUUAUGGAUAAAUGGGAGAUGAGCAUAAGAAGAGCGUGCGCAGCACCAUCCUAGGGUUGAUGGCUGUGAUAGAUAAACUGUGUGUGGAUGGGAUACUAAGAAAGGCUGUGUGAGAGAAACUUUUGAUUGUUUGAUGAAUAUGAAUAAAUUUUAUGUGUCAUUUACUGUAUAUAUAUAUAUUGUGAAUUGUUCACAUGACUGUUGUUGAAGAUAUGACAAUAAAUGAUUUUUCGAAUC